AUGGAGGUCGAUCCGUUCGAGGCGCGUCUAGAGUUCCUCUCAUUGCUGGGCAAGCUCAAUGCGUCACAGCACUCAAUUCAGAAAGUCGGGAACUUUGCGAUGAAGAACCGGAAACUGCACGAGGAUCUCUACAACUGUAUCAUCGAGGAGCUGGAGCAGGCCGGCUUCCAUGGAUACAUUGAUCUCAUCCAGAAGAACCUCCCCAAGAUCAUCGAGUGCGUCACACCCAGCGGACCCAAAGGAAACGUCAACGUUGCUGGAACCAAGAAGAUUCUCGAACUUUGGCGAGUUAGGAAGUUAUUUAGUGACAGCGCGCUCGACAAGGUUGAGAAGCCUCUGCUUGAUAGGGAACUUGGAGCAAAUGCACCAGCAUCGUUUGACACUGGAUUCACAAAGGACGACAUUUUGAAGCGCAUGGACGAGGACAGAGAGCGACACAAGAGGAUACGAGAAGAGAUCUGGAUUCGGCCAUCAGAGGAAGAUCCAGGAGCAGAGUUUCUCCAGUACUGGGACGACGUAUCGGAUCUGGAUGAGGUCGAUUAUGAAGACAUGGAGGCCGAGAAUGAUAAAUAUUUGCCGGGAUACCCUUGGGAUCUCGAGUUUGACCGGUUCUUACCCUCGCCUGCGAUCUUCAAGCUGAAGCCUGGUCUCUCUGCCAAAUUGACAGAGGCGAUUUUAUCUGACACAUCGAAGAACAACGGCAGCAGUAGUUCCAGCAGUGAUGGUCAUAUCCCAUCGGCGGCAAAGAGGUUGACUAGCCCGGAGGGAACAGUGUCGAUGGCAGGAGGGCCUGCCAAACCCUUCACGCCAGCACCAACCUUGAUCCCUCAACAGCAAUAG